AUGAAGCGUACAAGGGAGCCUGAGGAAGAGCUAUUACCAACCCAGCAAGAAGUUGUGAAUAGAUCUAUAAAUGGACCAAAUGACCGAAAGACAGUGGCCAGCAACAACGGUGAUACACCGCGUGCUGCCAAGAUCACGGAGCUCGACCUGUCUGAGUACAACAGCAGGGGCAUGAGCAUGGUUUGCGCGCUGCCACCCCACAGAGAGCACCUAGUCUUCGCUUCAUACGAUGAGUACGAAACACAUUAUCGGGAACAGCACACGAACCGCUGCCUUGAGUGCCAAAAGAACUUCCCCACCGCGCAUCUACUCAAUGUGCACAUCGAGGAGAUGCACGACUCGUUUGCCAUGGUAAAAAGAGAACGGGGUGAGAAGACAUAUUCAUGCUUCGUCGAGGGCUGUGAAAAGAAGUGCAGUACACCACAGAAACGCAGACUGCAUUUGAUCGACAAGCACAUGUACCCAAAGAACUACUUCUUCGCGGUGACGCGGGAUGGCAUCGACGGGCGGUGGUCGCUGUUGCUAGACAAAGAACGGCGUCCGAAACAUGGAGGGACUGGCAAGCCUCGACCUAAGAUAGAGCCGUCGCGCAUCAAAGGUCACGAACCACAGAAGUCAAGGACCGUAGUAACUCCCACGACUUCAACGAACCAGCAAGGUACGAGGCCCGACAACGAUGCCGGCGGUUCUCAGCAGAAUCAGGACCAGAAGCAGGACUUGCCCAUGGAAGAGAAGCCAGACCAGGAGAUGGAAGAUCUCUCCACCGCCAUGUCAGCACUCCAGUUUGUGCCCAUGAGCGUCCGGUUUGGACGUGGUAAGAGGCCAGGGUUCGCCAAACAGUGA